AUGCCCGCAAGCCUCCUCUCCGUCGACGCCGACGCCCUCAAACUCGCCUCAAUGGGCUACACGCAGGACAUGCGCCGCAAAUACACUGUCUGGUCCGUCCUAGGCGUCGGCUUUUCCAUUACAAACUCGUGGUUUGGCAUCUCGGCCGCGCUCAUCACAGGCAUCAACUCUGGCGGGCCCUUGUUGGUCAUCUAUGGCAUCUUGCUCAUUGCCGUCAUCUCGACGGCCGUGGGCGCCAGUUUGAGCGAGUUGGCGAGCGCAAUGCCGAAUGCUGGGGGUCAGUACUUUUGGGCGGGUGUGCUGGCGCCCAAGAGGUGGAAGAGGGGCGCGAGUUAUGUGACGGGGUGGUUGGCGUGGUGGGGGGCUAUGUUUACGAGUGCGUCGGUUGCGUUGGCGGUGGGAGGUGCGGUUGUGGGGUGUUGGCAGUUGGGGCAUCCUGAGUUCACGAUCAAAACCUGGCACGUCUUCCUUGCCUACCAACUCUCGAACCUCUUCUGCUUCCUCUUCAACUGCUACGGCAAGAUUCUGCCUAGUAUCGGCAACACCACGCUCUGGACCUCGCUCAUCUCCUUCCUCGUCAUCCUCAUCACCGUCCCCGCCGUAGCACCCACCCACCAACACGCGCGCUUCGUCUUCGCCACCUUCAUCAACAACACCGGCUGGAGCGAAAACGGCAUCGCCUUCAUCGUCGGCCUCGUCAACACAAACUGGGCUUUCGCCUGUCUCGACUGCGCCACGCAUCUCGCCGAGGAAAUCCACUGUCCGGAGAAAAUGGUGCCCAUUGCCAUCAUGGGCACCGUCGCCAUCGGCUUCGUCACCAGCUGGUUCUUCUCCGUCGCCAUCUUCUUCUCCAUUGUCGGCGACUUUGCCGACAUCAGCGCCUCGCCCACCGGCGUCCCCAUCCUCGAGAUUUUCUUUCGCGCGCUGAAUAACAGCACUGCCGGCGCGAUUGCGCUCGAGAGCUUCAUCAUCCUCACGGGCUUGGGCUGUCUCGUCGCCAGCCACACGUGGCAGAGUCGCCUGUGCUGGAGCUUUGCGCGCGAUCGCGGUGUGCCGGGGCAUCGCUGGCUGGCCCGCGUGCAUCCCGGGUUGGAUGUGCCGCUGUAUGCGCAUGCGGCCAGUUGUGCGGUUGUGGCGGUUAUGGGGUGUUUGUAUUUGGCGUCUUUGACGGCGUUUAAUUCAAUGAUCACGGCGUGUAUUGUUCUUUUGUAUCUCAGCUACGCAAUUCCCGUUAUAUGUCUUCUGGUUCGAGGCCGCAACAAUAUCGAUCAUGGCCCGUUUUGGCUGGGCCCCUGGGGCGCGGUGGCAAACGUGGUGUUGCUUGUCUGGACGCUGUUUACGCUUGUCAUGUACUCGUUUCCUUAUGCGAAGCCUGUUGAGCCGGGUAAUAUGAAUUAUGUUUCUGUGGUAUAUGUUAUUGUUGCUUCUUUUGCGGGUGUGUAUUGGUUGGUUAGCGCAGGUAAGAACUUUAGUACGGUGGAGGAGCGUAAGGUAGAGGUGCUUCAAGGGAGGGGUGUGGACGGUUAG